AUGCCAGGUGUGCUCGCCGAAUGGGAAUCAACACAAGAUGCGCUAUGUAAUCUACAAGUGCAAUUCGACUUCGUGUUCGGAGAGCGCAAAGUGGAGUCCACUUGA